CCUUCUGCCAGCAUAAGCAGCCACCGCACCACCUGAGCUGCUACAGCUGCUGGCUCAGGACAGCGCUAUGGCUGAGCCUGGUCACAACCCCCAUCCUUCUGCCAGAGACGGAGGAAGAACCGAAAGGCGCACAUCCCGGCUUCUGUGGCUGUUGCUUUGGGCUGGGACCACCUUCCAGGUGACCCUGGGAACCGGACCCGAGCUUCACGCCUGCAAAGAGUCAGAGUACCAUUUUGAGUACACAGCGUGUGACAGCACAGGUUCCAGGUGGAGGGUCGCCGUGCCACACAGCCCGGGCUUGUGCACCAGCCUCCCGGACCCCGUCAAGGGCACCGAGUGCUCUUUCUCUUGCAAUGCCGGGGAAUUUCUGGAUAUGAAGGACCAGUCCUGCAAGCCCUGUGCGGAGGGCCGCUACUCCCUCGGCACUGGCAUCCGAUUUGAUGAGUGGGAUGAGCUACCGCAUGGCUUUGCCAGUCUCUCGGCCAACCUGGAAGUCGAUGACAGCAUCUCAGAGUCCACUGAGAACUGCACUUCGUCCAAGUGGGUCCCCCGGGGAGACUACAUCGCCUCCAACACAGAUGAAUGCACAGCCACGCUGAUGUAUGCUGUCAACCUAAAGCAGUCUGGCACAGUUAACUUUGAGUACUACUACCCAGACUCCAGCAUCAUCUUUGAAUUUUUUGUCCAGAAUGACCAGUGCCAGCCCAAUGCUGAUGACUCCAGGUGGAUGAAAACUACGGAGAAAGGAUGGGAAUUCCACAGUGUUGAGCUAAACAGAGGCAAUAAUGUCCUCUAUUGGAGAACCACAGCUUUCUCAGUGUGGUCCAAAGUGUCCAAGCCUGUGCUUGUUAGAAACAUUGCCAUAACAGGGGUGGCUUACACCUCCGAGUGUUUCCCCUGCAAGCCUGGCACAUACGCUCCUAAGCAGGGCUCCCCUUUCUGCAAGCUUUGUCCAGCCAACUCUUACUCAAAUAAAGGAGAAACUUCUUGCCAUCCGUGUGAUGCUGACAAAUACUCAGAAAAAGGAUCUUCCACCUGCAAAGUGCGCCCAGCCUGCACAGACAAGGAUUAUUUCUACACCCACACAGCCUGUGAUGCCCAGGGAGAGACACAGCUCAUGUACAAAUGGGCCAUGCCAAAAAUCUGUGGCGAGGACCUGGAGGGCGCAGUGAAGCUUCCCGCCUCCGGUGUGAAGACCCGCUGCCCACCCUGUAACCCAGGUUUCUUCAAAACCAACAACAGCACCUGUGAACCUUGCCCAUACGGCUCAUACUCCAACGGCUCCGAUUGUACCCACUGCCCAGCAGGCACCGAACCUGCAGUAGGAUUUGAGUACAAGUGGUGGAACACACUGCCCUCCAACAUGGAAACUACUGUUCUCAGUGGGAUCAACUUUGAAUACAAGGGCCUGACAGGCUGGGAGGUGGCUGGUGACCACAUUUAUACAGCUGUUGGAGCCUCAGACAAUGACUUCAUGAUUCUCACUCUGGUCGUGCCAGGGUUUAGACCUCCGCAGUCAGUGAUGGCAGACACAGAGAAUAAAGAGGUGGCCAGGAUCACAUUUGUCUUCGAGACCAUCUGCUCUGUGAACUGUGAGCUCUACUUCAUGGUGGGCAUGAAUUCCAGGACCAAUACUCCAGUGGAGACGUGGAAAGGCACCAAAGGCAAACAGUCCUAUACCUACACCAUCGAGGAGAAUGCUACCGUGAGCUUCACAUGGGCCUUCCAGAGGACCACCCUUCAUGAAACAGGCAGAAAGUAUACCAAUGAUGUCGCCAAGAUCUACUCAAUCAAUGUCACCAACGUCAUGGGGGGCGUGGCCUCCUACUGCCGUCCCUGUGCCCUAGAAGCCUCUGAUUUGGGCUCCUCCUGCACCUCUUGUCCUGCUGGCCAUUACAUCAACCGGGAUUCUGGGACCUGCCACCUCUGCCCCUCUAACACCAUCCUGAAAGCUCACCAGCCUUAUGGCGCACAAGCCUGUGUGCCCUGUGGUCCAGGAACCAAGAACAACAAGAUCCACUCUCUCUGCUACAAUGACUGCACCUUUUCCAGAAAGACCCCCAGUAGGAUUUUCAACUACAACUUCUCAGCUCUGGCAAGCACCGUCUCUCUGUCGGGAGUGCCAAGCUUCACUUCAAAGGGGCUGAAGUAUUUUCAUCAUUUCACCUUGAGUCUCUGUGGAAACCAGGGGAAAAAAAUGGCUGUGUGCACAGACAAUGUCACUGACCUCCGGAUCCCUGAGGGUGAAGCUGGUUUCUCUAAGUCUGUCACAGCCUAUGUCUGCGAGGUGGUCAUCAUCCCCUCUGAGGUGAUGGGUUACAAGGCUGGGGUGUCCUCACAGCCGGUCAGUCUUGCUGACCGACUUAUUGGAGUGUCAACAGACAUGACUUUGGAUGGAAUCGUCUCCCCACUUGAACUUUUUCACCCAGCGACCUCAGGGAUCCCGGACGUAGUCUUCUUUUUUAGAUCCAAUGAUGUAACUCAGUCCUGCAGUUCUGGAAGAUCAACCACCAUUCGCCUCAGAUGCAACCCAAUGAAAGCUGUUCCUGGCACCCUGCGGCUACCCAGCAUGUGCUCUGAUGGCACCUGUGAUGGCUGUAACUUCCACUUCCUGUGGGAGAGUAUAGCCGCUUGUCCACUCUGCUCGGCCUCUGACUACCACACUUUUAUCAGCAGCUGUGUGGCUGGGAUCCAGAAGACUACUUACAUGUGGCGAGAGCCAAAGUUGUGCUCCGGAGGCAUUUCCCUGCCUGAGCAGAGAGUCACCAUCUGCAAAACGAUUGAUUUCUGGUUAAAAGUGGGCAUCUCUGCUGGCAUCUGCACCGCCAUCCUGCUCAUCGUCCUGACCUGCUACUUUUGGAAGAAGAAUCUAAAAUUAGAAUACAAAUACUCCAAGUUGGUAAUGAAUGCUACUCUUAAAGACUGCGACCUGCCAGCAGCAGACAGCUGUGCCAUCAUGGAAGGAGAGGAUGUGGAAGAUGACCUCAUCUUUACCAGCAAGAAGUCCCUCUUCGGGAAGAUCAAAUCCUUUACCUCGAAGAGGACUCCUGAUGGAUUUGACUCGGUGCCGCUGAAGACGUCUUCAGGAGGCCCAGACAUGGACAUGUGAGAGGCGCCCCUCCUGCCACGCCUGCCUCCUCACCUGGGCACAUCACCCUGCAGGCCUGUGGCAAUUUAGGUGCCAGCAUCCUGUGCUCCCCGCUGCUGGGAAUCUCUUUAUUGUGGCCUUAUCAGAAGUUUGGAUUUCAGACCCUUGUUUUUUACAGAGUACCCAAACCUUUCUCUCCACUUGCCUCAAACCUACCAAAUAUACCCACAUGUCGUGUAUUGUUUCCUUGCUUAUAUUUUGUUUUCUAAGACAGUCCACUCACGGGAGCCAUACCAUUAUCUGCC